GUUUGUUUAGAAAAGGUGGAUGAAAGUACAUACACACGAUAGCAGAGCGCGUAGUUUUUCUAGAAUCGUGGGCAGAAUUACGCAAAAAUUGAUCUAAAAAUAAUUGCGAAUUACUUUCAAAUGCGAAUACACGCAGCUGCUGGCGCUGCGAUUUGUUUCCUUCACGAUCAGUUCCAUUUUAGUGCCACUUAGAUCAGUUUAGUAUGUUGUAGUUGGCAAAAAUACUAAUGCAAUUAACAAAAAUGUCAGAGUCAAAAUUAUAAACAAAAAUACUCACUCUUUGGAUUUUCUGUGAUAAAUAGUAUUUGUAUUGGUAUCAAAAUGGAGAAGAAAUCAAUCUUCAGGGGUAUCAACAACCGUGCCUACAGGAGUGAUGAGUUAAAACUCUAUAAUCAUGCAAAGAAUAAUUUAGAUUUAGUGCAAAGACUUGGUUUAAUGGAACGCCUGCCUGUGCAUGAGGGAUGUGUGAACACACUAUCAUGGAACAGCACUGGCCAGUACAUUUUAUCAGGAUCUGAUGAUCAACACCUAGUCAUUACAAAUGCAUUCAAUUAUAAAGUAAUGGAGAGAUAUCGCACCAGCCAUCAUGCAAAUAUUUUCAGUGCUAAAUUUUUGCCUUGCCAAAAUGAUAGACAGAUUAUAUCAUGUUCUGGUGAUGGAAUAUUAUUACAUACAGAUUUGGCAAGACCCACUGAAACACUAUCAAACCAAUUUAAUUGCCAUGAUGGAACCACCUAUGAGGUGAUAACAAUUCCCAGUGAUCCAAAUACUUUCAUUAGCUGUGGAGAAGAUGGCACGGUGCGAUGGUUUGAUUUGCGGAUAAAGACAAAUUGUAAUAAGCAGGCAUGCAGAGAGGAUGUACUGAUAAAUAGUCAAUCAGCAGUCACCGCGCUAGCAAUAAAUCCAAUAUCGCCUCAUCAUCUUGCUGUUGGAUGCUCGGAUUCAACGGUUCGGUUGUAUGAUCGCCGGUGUUUAUCAACACAAAGUGUUUACAAUAGCAAGCCGUUUUGUAGGUUUAUUGCACCCGACCUGGAAGACAGAUCUUAUAGAAUAACAUCAUUGUGUUACAAUGAAACUGGAAAUGACAUGCUUGUUAGCUAUUCUUGUGACCAUUUAUAUCUAUUUAAUGUUAUGGAGAAGAAAGUAAAAGAAUUGCAAAAAGAUACAUCGAGUAACUGGAACAAAAUUAGGCAAUUAACAAAUAAAUUCGGGCUGAAAAAUGAUCGCCGAUCACCGCCGCCAGUGCGGCGAUUGAGAUUACGCGGAGAUUGGUCUGAUACAGGUCCAGAUGCGCGACCCGAACGCGAGACUACAUCGAACGCUAACUUAAUAAGUCAAGCCCGACCACAACUUCAAACUAGUCUCAUGCAACGCAUGACUGAUGUGUUGUCACGCAUGUUGAACGAUCCAAUGACACGCGCUGCAUUAAGUGCUGGCGGUGAAGAUUCACUCGAUCGCGAAGACGAUGCUCAAGUCGCAAGCCCACCUCCUGCUGAACCGCCUACACCAGCAAAUGCAUCUCAACUAAGUCAAUCGGAACCGGAAGCCGCGCCUAGUAUAGUUGUAGAACAAGCGGUAGAAGCAGAAACUGCAUCAGUAACGCAAACUUCUUCAGCUCCUACUCAGGCAUUAAGAACUGACGCCGGGGAGCAUAGUCGAAGUUCAAGUUCAAGUAUUACACCUGCAUCCCUCAGUUCUGAUAGUAACCAAUCAGUCUCAUCCAAUGUAAACACAUCAUUAGUCACUAAGCAACUUCGUAAUCGUUUGUCAAUUUUGAGCAGUUUGCGGCAAGGCUUUAUUGAGCAGCAUGGCGCUGAGCCGUCGGUUAGCCUACGUUAUUCGGACCAAAGCACCUCGAAUUCAACGAUUAGCUUGUCGGCAAGUAGUUAUAUUAGCGAGGAAGCGCCGCUCACGUCUGGAAAUAUCAGCGAUGACCAGAGACAACCCGAACAAAUUGCCGUUGAUGAUUCUAAUUAUGAAGAAUGUGACGAUAUAGGUCUUACUUCAGAACCCACAUUGGCUUCCGAAAGGAGCGAUACCGAAGGAUACUUCACUGUUUACGAAUCGCUUGUGAGACGAAAAUAUGUUGGUCAUCGAAACGCGCGUACAAUGAUCAAAGAAGCUACCUUCUGGGGCGACGAUUAUGUUAUGUCUGGAUCAGACUGUGGACAUGUGUUUGUUUGGGAUAAACACACCGGCGAAUUGGCGAUGUUACUGCAGGCAGAUCAUCAUGUCGUCAAUUGUUUACAGCCUCAUCCGACAAUGCCGUAUUUGGCUACGAGCGGUAUUGAUCAUGACAUUAAAAUUUGGGCGCCUAUUUUAGAAGAUAACGAUUUUGACCAGGUGCAUGCACAUGGUCUAAUGAAACGCAAUGAAAUAAUGUUGGAAGAAACAAAAGACACGAUCACGGUGCCGGCCGCAUUCAUGAUUCGAAUGUUAGCGUGCCUUAAUCAGAUCCGAUCAGGCCGACGAACAAGAAGGGACGAUGAACAAGCUUAAACAGAACUCACACACACGAUGUAAUUGUGUACGUCAAACUUAAGAAUGAUUACUCUUGUUGUAGUUGUUGUAAUCAUUGCCAUAUAUUAAUAGCUUUGGAAUAACAUCUGUUGGAUGUUUCAAUUUCGGAAUAUUCCGGACAAAAUAUGAACAAAAACAUGUGUUAUAGUUGUUUGAGGUAACAUUAUACUGAGAUUUAUUUAUUUAUGCAUCUGAUAAAUUAAUGUAUAGAUAUUCUAUUCAUAUUAUGUAAUAUGAUCAAUAAAUUUGUUAAAAUUAA